AUGGGUGAUUACCGUAUUAGUAUUGAACAUUUGAUUGAUUUGAUAGAAUCGAAAAACAAAGUUGAACAUAAUUUAAUUAAAAGUGAUAUCUGUCCGAAAGACAGACAAAAUUAUGCUUCGUGUCGAAGAAUAUCGUCCGAAUUAGUUCUACAAUUAUUAAAGGAGCAAGCAGAUUAUAAAGGAACAUAUAUUUAUUUGUCAUUAUUACGAUCUGUUAUAAUAGGGUUAAUAGAAAAAUCAACAACUGUUGAAGAGCGUUUGUAUCAUAUAUGGAGUGUGGUAUUCACAUGUAGGUUUUGGUGGACAUGGUUACAGCAUUCGAAACUAAAAAUUAAUUAUGAUGACAAUAAUGAUGAAAUAAUAGAUAAUAUUAAAGCUAAUAGUUUUAUUACAAAGCCAACGUUUUGGUGUAUAGAAAUUAAUGCUCAUACACUACUUUAUAUUGUUUUAUUAGUUAUUAAAAGAAAACUGCCCGUUAAUGCACUUAAUACAUAUCUUUUUAAUUCACAAACAUGUGAAAAUACUUUUCGUAUAGCACGUGCUUUAUCAGGUCCGUAUUCUUCAAUCACAAAUUUCACUGUUAAAUCAUUCACAAAGAAGUGCGAAAAAAUAUCGAUAAUCAAUUCUAUUAAAUCUCGUGGUGGGCAAAUAGGUGAAUAUAAUUUUAAAUUUCCACAACAUCAUAAAGUUGAAAAAGAAGCACACGACUAUUCAAUAAAUCCUAUUCAGCAUUUGAAUUUAACGGAAUCCGAUAUUGAAAAAAUUAUACAAAGUGCAUUUGAAUCAGCUAAACAAAAUAUUGAAAUCGUCAAUAUAACCACAGUGUUAAAAAAUAAACAUAAAUACUCAAUUUCCGAACUAAGUCAAUAUAUAAAAACAAAUAUCAGUAAAUCCGACGAAGAUGAUCUACAAGAUGAUGAAAAUGAUUCACCGAUGUCUAAUGAUAAAGAUCAAAUAUCAGCGAAUAGUACUGAUGGAGAAGAAGAAGAACAAGAAGAAGAUGCUAUAGCUAGUAAUCUCUCUGAUGUUGAAAAAAAAAGCUUUCAUGGCUGUCGAAUCUAUGAUAGAAUCAAUCCUCAACAAAGUAAAAAAUAUUUUC